AUGGGCAGAGGAGACCCUAAGAAGCCGAGGGGCAAGAUGUCAUCCUGUGCAUCCUUUGUGCGAACUUGCCGAGAGGAGCACAAGAAGAAGCGCCCAGACGCUUCCGUUAACUUCUCAGAGUUUUCUAAGACGUGCUCAGAGAGGUGGAAGACCAUGUCUGCUAAAGAAAAGGGAAAACUUGAACAUAUGGCAAAGGCGGACAAGGCUCGUUAUGAAAGAGAAAUGAAAACGUAUAUUCCUCCUAAAGGAGAAACAAAAAAGAAGUUCAAGGAUCCCAGUACACCCAAGAGGCCUCCUUCGGCUUUCUUCUUGUCCUGUUCUGAGUAUCGCCCAAAAAUCAAAGGAGAACAUCCUGGCCUCUCCACUGGUGAAGUUGUAAAGAAUCUUGGAGAAAUGUGGACUAAUACUGCAGCAGACGACAAGCAGCCCUACGAGAAGAAGGCUGCUAAGCUGAAGGAGAAGUAUGAAAAGGACAUCGCUGCCUACCGGGCUAAAGGAAAACCUGAUGCAGCAAAAAAGGGAGUCGUGAAGGCUGAAAAAAGCAAGAAAAAGAAGGAAGAGGAGGAGGAUGAGGAAGAUGAGGAUGAAGAGGAAGAAGAAGAUGAAGAAGAGGAUGAGGAGGAUGAAGAAGAGGAUGAUGAUGAAUAA